AUAGGGAGCGCCGGGAGGCGGGCCAAGAACGCCGCCCGCUUGAGGAAGAGGAGCAAAUUCCAAGUUGGCCUCGGCGUGGGCUCCGUGUGGGGGAGGGGCAGCAGGUUUUUCUCACUGCAGCUCUGAAUAUCCAGGCCCCUCCACCAUGGCCAGCCGGGGUGGGGGCCGGGGUCGUGGCCGCGGCCAGCUGACCUUCAACAUGGAAGCAGUGGGCAUUGGAAAGGGGGAUGCUUUGCCUCCACCCACUCUGCAGCCGUCUCCACUCUUCCCUCCCUUGGAGUUCCGCCCAGUGCCUCUGCCCUCAGGAGAAGAAGGGGAAUAUGUCCUGGCACUGAAGCAGGAGCUACGAGGGGCUAUGAGGCAGCUCCCCUAUUUCAUCCGACCAGCUAUCCCCAAGAAAGAUGUGGAGCGUUACUCAGACAAAUAUCAGACGUCUGGGCCGAUUGACAGUGCCAUUGACUGGAACCCGGACUGGCGGCGUUUACCCCGGGAGCUAAAGAUUCGAGUGCGGAAGCUACAGAAGGAGCGGACAACCAUUCUACUCCCCAAGAGGCCCCCUAAGACCACAGAAGAUAAAGAGGAAACAAUACAGAAACUAGAGACCCUGGAGAAGAAGGAAGCGGAAGUGACGUCAGAGGAAGAUGAGGAGAAAGAAGAAGAAGAAGAAAAGGAAGAAGAGGAGGAGGAGGAGUAUGAUGAGGAAGAACAUGAAGAGGAAACAGACUACAUCAUGUCAUAUUUUGACAAUGGAGAGGACUUCGGAGGUGACAGUGAUGAUAAUAUGGACGAGGCUAUUUACUGAAGAAAAGCCCUCAAUAACACUCACACUUCUCUUUAUUUGGGAUGUAGAGAAUAACUAUUACUUAGUUUUAU